AUGUUGAAAGUAGCUUCUUCAACUCGUCAAAAUUCCAACGAUCGAUUCGUUUCAUUAAAGAAUGUCUCCAUGCAAGUAAAUAUUCAUUCAUUUGCUGCUGAAGUCUGCAUCAAACAAGUACUCAUCAAUAGUGAAGAAACAUCAAAUCCAAUAGAAGUAGUUUAUAGUUUUCCUAUUGAAGAACAAACUGCUAUUUACAGUUUCGAAGCUAAUUUGGAUAAUGAUCGAAAGAUUCAAACUCAAAUUAAAGAGAAGAAAACAGCAUAA